AUGGCUCGGACACGCAGCUUCCCGUGUCCUUGGGACUCCUGUAAAAAGUCAUCCAGUCUUGCGCGGCACAGGCGGAUACACACCGGGAAAAGACCUUACAAGUGCCUCGAGCCAGCCUGCGAGAGAAGCUUUUGCCGAAAGACAACUUUAACGAAACACCAGUACCGGUCUCAUCAGCUCGCGCCUUCUCCACGAGCACAAUGUGUUACUCAGCCGUCCCCUCAGGAGGUCUAUUCUCAGAUUCCUCCUCCCCCACCACCUAUCAUUCAGACCAUUCACAGCGUCACCGAACCACCACCUGCCUAUGAGCCGCCAAGAGUGAUGAUCAGCGCUGCUGAAUUCUACCCAUCUCCAACCCCUCCAAUGAUCCAUACCAUUCCCAGUGUCCCUGAGGUCGGUAUUGAACCUGAAGUUCAUUUCGUCAACUCUGGAAUGGUCGUGCCACAUAUUCCGCACUACGGGCUCAUGGGCCCGAUCAACCCUGUUACUCGUUUCCACUCCAUACCUCCUUGUAUACCAGGGUUUGAAGGCAUGGCUCAAAUGCACUAUACCGGAGGCUUUGCCUUAGACAAACCUAUGAUUCCCCGCAUUCUGAACCAGCACCAUCACCAGGAACGACCAAAUCUCGAUUUCCUGGGCUUAGAUGCAAGUUGA